AUGAAUGCUACAAGAGAGAAUGGAUUUGUCCUCUUGGGUUUAAUGAAUCACCCUGACCUGCAGCUGUUUUUGUUCAUUGUCUUUCUAUUGGUUUACAUAAUAAUAGUGUUGGGGAACAUGCUCAUUUUCAUCAUGGUCAUAGCAGAUCCAUCACUUCACACACCAAUGUAUUUCUUUCUGAAGGUCUUGUCUUUCCUGGACAUUUGCUACUCUUCAGUGACCCUCCCCCAAAUGCUGGUUAAUUUCCUAUCAGAGAACAAGAGAAUUUCCUACACUGGAUGUGCCACACAAAUGUUCUUCUUGCUUUUCUUAGGGGCAUCAGAAUGCUUCCUCCUGGCUGUUAUGGCCUAUGACCGUUAUGUGGCCAUAUGCAAACCACUGAGAUACAUGAUCAUCAUGAACCAGAAUGUUUGCCUUUCACUGACUGUCCUCUCAUGGUUCAUGGGCAACUUGGUGUCUUUGCUUCAGACAGCUUGGGUCUUCACUCUGCCAUUCUGUGGAACAAACCAAAUUAAUUAUUUUUUCUGUGAUAUCCCACCACUCAUCAAGCUUUCAUGCACUGGCACUUCUUUGUAUGAAAUGCAGCUCUUUACAGCUGCCAUUCUAGUUAUUUUCACCCCCUUUUCCCUUAUCAUUGUGUCCUACUUUCUGAUUAUUUCCAACGUCCUGAAGAUGACAUCCUUGGAAGGGCGUCAGAGAGCUUUCUCCACCUGCUCUUCUCAUGUCUUGGUGGUGACCCUGUACUAUGGGAGUGGCAGCUUGAUUUAUCUGAGGCCCAAAUCACUUAAUGCUCAGGAUAGUGAGAAAUUCUUGGCUUUGGUGUACACCACCAUCACACCCAUGCUGAACCCUAUUAUCUACACCCUAAGGAAUAAGGAAGUAAAUGGUGCCAUUAAGAGGAUGGUGACCAAGAUCAGGAACAGAAAAUUAUUUUUUCCACAGAUGAUCAUUCAUUCAUUAUAA